GAUAUAUAUAUGACAGCACUUGCCCAUAUAUAUAUAUAUAUACCUUCCAUAUUGCUCUAUAAUUCAAACCUAUAUCCUCUCAGCUACUAGUUUCCAUGUCGUGGUAUUACAUUUUCUUUGCUCUUUCCAUUCUCUUAUUUAUUUUCAAGAGAAGAAGAAUAAUCCGUAACACCUCUACUCACACCCCUCCUUCAUACCCCAUCAUAGGUUGCUUUAUCUCUUUCUACAAAAACCGCCACCGUCUUCUAGAUUUCUACACCGACCACCUCUCCCAAUCUCCAACUCAAACCAUCCUCCUCAACCGUCUCGGCGCUCGCCGAACCAUCUUAACCGCCAACCCUCUCAACGUUGAAUACAUCCUCAAAACCAAUUUCAUCAACUUUCCUAAGGGAAAACCCUUCACUGAAAUCCUCGGCGACCUUCUAGGUGGCGGCAUAUUCAACGUAGACGGCAAGUUAUGGUCAAAUCAACGCAAACUAGCCAGCCAUGAAUUCACCACGAGGUCUCUCAAAGGCCUCGUUGAAAAGACCCUUGAAGAUGAAGUUCAGCAAAGACUUAUUCCAUUGCUCGAAUUGGCUUCUAAUAGUAACUCUGUCAUUGACAUGCAAGAUGUUUUGAGGAGACUCACGUUUGAAAUUGUGUGUAAAGUUUCACUUGGCUAUGAUCCUUGUUGUUUGGAUUUAUCUAAACCUGUGCCACCUCUUUUGUAUGCGUUCGACAAAGCUUCCGAAAUAAGCGCAAGGCGCGCAGCUUCACCGGUUCCUUUGAUUUGGAAGAUGAAGAGGAUGUUUAAUGUAGGUUCAGAGAAAUCACUUAAAGAGGCUGUUAAACUCGUUCAUGAAUCUGUGAUUGAGAUAAUAAGAAAAAAGAAAAAAGAAAUUAAUGAAAAAAAUUAUGUUAGUGGGAGUGAUUUGUUGACAAAGUUGUUGGAAGCAGGGAAUGAUGAAAUCAUGGUUAGAGAUAUGGUUAUAAGUAUCGUCAUGGCGGGAAGAGACACAACUUCGGCGGCGAUGACGUGGCUGUUUUGGUUGUUGACAAGGAAUCGUAGCAAAGAGGAACUGAUAGUGAAGGGAGUGAGGGAAGUUUUUGGAGGAAAAAAUAACAAGAAUGAGUUUGAGUUGAUGAGGUCUUUUGAUUAUGAAGGUUUGAAAGAGAUGAAGUAUUUGAAAGCUUGUUUGUGUGAGUCAAUGAGGUUGUACCCGCCAGUGGCUUGGGAUUCGAAGCAUGCUGCCGGGAAUGACCUGUUGCCGGACGGGACUAAGGUGGAGAAAGGUGAUAAGGUGACUUACUUUCCUUACGGGAUGGGGAGGAUGGAGGCGUUAUGGGGAAAAGAUUGGAAUGAGUUUAAACCAGAUAGGUGGUUUGAGGAACAAGUGAAAGAAGGGCAUACUAAUGGAGUUUUGAAAUAUGUGAGUCCUUAUAAGUUUGCAGCUUUUCAAGCUGGUCCUAGAGUUUGUCUUGGAAAAGAUAUGGCUUUUAUUCAAAUGGAAUAUGCUGUGGCUUCCAUUCUCAACCAGUUUGAAAUUAGGCCUGUGUUAGCUGACCAACCAGUGUUUGUACCUUAUCUUACGGCUCAUAUGGCUGGUGGAUUCAAAGUGAGGGUCCACAAGAGAAUUUAAAAAUGAAAGGGUGAUCUUAUAAAGAGUACUCUCUCCGUCCUUAAUUAUUAUUUUAUGAAAAAAAUAAAUUAGGUAUGAUUUUACUCUAAAGUUUCUCUAGUUAUAUAGGAGAAAAAUCAUUAAUAUUGUAUGUUAUAUCUCGUAGAUUAUAUGUUAUGACUUAUAUUUUUAUUUAUGUUAUUUUUAAGUUUAA